AUGCCAACAGGAAAUCUACGACUGUGGGACAUUUCUUCCAACGUUCGACCUCGAUUGGCUACGACACGCAAAAGAUAUAAAGAAUGGCGCCGUGAUACGCACACUGUAUUCCACCACAUAAGUUUUUAUCUUUGUCGUUCUCAUGUUCUUAACUGUCCUCCUCUUCUUCAUUUUUCCUUCAUCUCUUUACUACCUCGUCUUCUAUAUAUUAUUUUACCCUUCCUCUCGUCCUCCAUGUUCAUCUUCCUUCCCAUCCUUCUACUAUUUUUCUUUACACUCGUCCAUUUCUUCUUUCUUUUCAUUUUCUUCCGCCCUUCUUCUUUUUCUCCUCCUCCUCCUCCUCCUUCUCACCCUCCACAUAUCUCUCUUUUCAACUUCACAUUCUUCUGGUUCUUUUUAACCUCACCCACUCUUUAUUUUUCUUCUUCUUUCUCUUGCUCCCCCCAUAUCUUCACCUUCCCAACUUCAUCUUCUUUUCUCCUCCUUUUCUUUCUUUCUUUUCGCCUCCUUCGUCUUUUUAACACUCCCUUUCUUUCUCGUUCUUCAUCACUGAUAUCUAAAUUUCAUUUCUUAACUUUUGUUCUCUUUUCCACGUGUUUCAUUAUUCGAAAUCGUAAAAUCAUACCCUCUCUCUUCAAAUCUCCCUCGCUCCCUUUCUUUCCCUUUCUUCCACUCUCUCCCUCUCUUUCUUUUCUCCUCUCUUUCUUUUCUCCUCUCUCUCCCACCACUUCACCCUCUCUCGCUCUCUCCCUCUUCCUCUCUUUCUUCGUCCAUCUCUCUCACUCUCUAUCUUUCCCUUUCUUCCACUCUUUCCAUCUCUUUCUUUUCUCCUCUCUCCCCCACCACUUCACCCUCUCUCGCUCCCUCUCUCUUCCUCUCUUUCUUCGUCCAUCUCUCUCCCUCUCUCUCUCUUUCCCUUUCUUCCACUCUUUCCGUCUCUUUCUUUUCUCCUCUCUUUCUUUUCUCCUCUCUCUCACAUCACUUCACCCUCUCUCGCUCCCUCUCUCUUCCUCUCUCUUCCUCUCUUUCUUCGUCACUCUCUUUCUUCGUCCCUCUUUCUCUCCCCUACCACCUCUCCCUCUCUCUGUCUCUAAUAAUUUCCCUGAACUCUCAAAAUUCAUGCCCACAUCCUUUGCUCGUUCUUCCCAAUCAACAUUUCCUCAUAUCCACAUUUAA